AUGAAGAAAGACUCAAACGCGUCGCACGCUUCGAGCGGUUCGUCUACGCAGCCCGGACGCAUAGACCCUGCUGUCAAUGGCAAUGUCCGCAAUGCUGAGAGGAAGGCCAAGCCAAUUGGUGACGAUGUCUGUGGCGGUCACGACGAGAAGAGUGGCAAGCUCGCUCAGUUUAUGAAGUUAAGGAAAGCUUCCAAGCGACCGCUACCCAAAGAUCACGGCGAUGGUUCCUAUGUUAUCGUCCCUGCACGCCCAGGUGUUGUCCAGAACCUCAAGGUUCUUCGGAAGCGAGACAUUCAAACACUAGCAACGAUGAUCAAGGGUAAGCUCAAGGGCGAGAAAAUCAAGGAUGACAAAACCAUGAUCAUGGAGUAUGUCAUUCAAAUGGUCGCAAAGUUACCACACAACUCCAGCCUCCGCGAGAAGCUCACGAACACGCUCAUCGAGGAGUUGUGGGACUCACUUGACCACCCGCCACUGCUGUUCGUCGGAGAUGACUGGAAGUAUCGCCGAGCAGACGGUUCGCACAACAACCCGCUCUACCCCUGGCUGGGAGCUGCCGGGCAGACAUAUGCGCGAUCUGUUGCGCCCAAGAAGCCAACCCUUGCGGCCCUGCCUGACCCUGGGCUAAUUUUUGAUUCCAUCUUUGCUCGUAAUGAGUAUACGAAGCACCCGAACAAUGUGUCCUCGAUUCUCUGGAACUGGGCAACCAUCAUCAUUCACGAUCUUUUCUGGACCGAUUUCCGUGACAUUAACAAGUCCAAAACCUCGUCCUAUCUUGAUCUCUCGCCCCUCUACGGCAGCAAUCAAGACAUGCAGGACACGAUCCGCACCUUCAAGGACGGUAAGCUCAAAGCUGAUAGUUUUGCCGACAAGCGCCUCCUCGGCAUGCCCCCUACCGUCAGCGUACUCCUCAUCAUGUUCAACCGCUUCCAUAACCAUGUUGCCGAGAAUUUGGCAGCUAUCAACGAGGGUGGUCGAUUCACGCCGCCGUCUCCUUUCCUCGAAGGCGAAGCGGCAGAGGCGGCGUCGAAGAAGUAUGACAACGAUCUCUUCCAGACGGCCAGACUCGUCACGUCAGGACUGUACAUUAACAUCACGCUUGUGGACUAUGUCCGCAAUAUUGUCAACUUGAACCGCACUAACACUACUUGGACGCUCGACCCGAGGCAGGAGUCAGGCAUGCAAGUUGACACGGCUGAAGGAGCUGAGUCGGGAACUGGCAAUAUGGUCUCGGCCGAGUUCAACCUCUGCUACCGAUGGCACUCGUGCAUCUCAGAUAAGGAUGACAAGUGGAUUCAGCAGUUCUAUGGCGAGAUUCUCGGCGGCCACCAGGGGGAGUUAUCGCCCGCCGAGAUGGGCAGGAUCUUCAUGCAAUACGAGCGCUCCAUCCCGGAUGACCCUAUUGAGAGGACUUUUGGCGGAUACAAGAGGGGCGAGAACGGCAAGUUUAGUGACGACGAUCUCGUCGAUUGCGUCAGCGCGUCGGUCGAAGAUCCUGCCGGUUCGUUCGGCGCACGUAAUGUGCCCAAGGUCAUGCGGCCAGUCGAAAUUCUAGGCAUGUUACAAGCCAGAAAGUGGAACGUCGCCGGCCUCAACGAGUUCCGCAAGCACUUCGGUCUCAAGCCGUACGACAGGUUUGAAGAUAUCAACUCGGACCCCAAGGUUUCUGAGGCACUGCGCAACCUGUAUCAGAAACCGGAUAACGUCGAGUUGUACCCCGGUAUCGUUGCCGAGGAGGCCAAGUCGCCCAUGGUGCCGGGUGUUGGUAUCGCCCCCACGUACACCAUCUCCCGUGUCGUGCUUUCAGACGCCGUCUGCCUCGUCCGCGGUGAUAGACAUUACACGACUGAUUACAACCCGCGUUAUCUGACCAACUGGGGUUUCAAUGAGGCCAACUACGACCUCAAGAUAAAUCACGGCUGCGUGUUUUACAAGCUGUUCAUCCGCGCAUUCCCGAACCACUUCAAGCACAACUCCGUCUAUGCUCACUAUCCUAUGGUCAUCCCCUCAGAGAAUCACAAGAUUCUGACGGACCUGGGCCGCGUCGACCUGUUCAACUUUGACCGGCCUGCAUUCACGCCACUGCGCGUCAACGUUACCUCCUACGGCGGAGCCCAGCACGUGCUGGAGAACAAGGCUGCGUACCGCGUCACAUGGCACGAAGGUCUGGGAGCUCAGAUGGAUGAGGGCGGCCACAAGUUCAUGCUCGCUGGCGACACCGACUUCCACGCCGGUCAGAAGCAGUGCAUGGCGAGCCAACUGUACAAAACCGACUGGCACGCCGCCGUGCGUAAGUUCUACGCCGACAUCACGGAGCAGCUUCUCCAAGAGAAGUCCUAUACCCUCGGAAACACCCGCCGGCGUCACGUCGACCUCGUCCGUGACGUUGGUAAUAUCACGCACGUCCACUUCGCGUCGCGCGUCUUCAACUUGCCCCUCAAGACGGCUGCCAACCCCAAGGGCGUCUUCUCGGAGCAGGAGCUCUACCAGCUGCUGGCGGUCAUCUUUGUCGGCAUCUUCUUCGAUUUGGACCCCGUCAAGUCGUUCCCGCUGCGGCAGGCUGCGCGCGAGGCGUCGCAGACGCUCGGAAAGGUGAUUGAGACGAACGUCAAGUUGGCAACGACGCUCGGCAUUCGCGGCCUCUUCACAGGCAAGGCGGACAAGAACGACCCGCUUGCCGCGUACGGCACGAACCUCGUCAAGGGACUCAAAUUAUCUGGUCUCAACAACUACGAUAUUGCGUGGAGCCAGAUCCUCCCUACAGCGGGCGCCAUGUGCCCAACCAAGCACAAGUUCUUUGUUGGCGCGGCGCGCGACGCUGCCCACUUUCCCGAACCCGGAGGUCGCGGACCCCGCCGUCCGCUGGGGGCGUACAUUCACUACGGCCUCGGGCCACACGCGUGCCUCGGGCGCGAGGCGAGCCAGGUCGCGCUCACGGAGAUGUUCAGGGGUCUCUUCCGCAGACGGAACGUCAGGAGGGAGCCGGGCCCGCAGGGUGAGCUCAAGAAGGUGCCGAGACCCGGUGGGUUCUUCGUCUACCUGAGGGAGGACUGGGGUGGCGUGUGGCCGUUCCCGUGCUCCAUGAAGGUCAUGUGGGACGAGGACGAGGUCGCCAACGGGGCCACGAACGGGACCACGAACGGGGCUACGAACGGGGCCACGAAUGGUCAAGAAGGGUCCGCCUACGAGUCGAAGGACAAGGCGACGGCGUAG